GCUUCCUCCCUUCCAGGGCUUGAGAUAAUUACAACCGGGGUGCCGCUUGAACUCGUGACCGCUUGGCAAGUCAGCAGCCAUGGAUUCCCAGCUGCCACCGUUGCCGGCCACACCCACCACCAUAACCUGUGUCGGCGAUGACCUCCUCCGCGAGAUCUUCCUCCGCCUCCCGGCCCUCCCGAGCCUUGUCCGCGCCGCCUUCGCCUGCAGCGACUUUCGCCGCGCCGUCCGCUCGUCCCCCGCCUUCCGCCACAGUUUCCGUGCGCUCCACGCGCCGCCUGUCCUCGGGUUCUUCCUUGAUCCAAACUUUGAAGUGGCCCCGGCCUUUCCCUGCCCUUGGCGCAGCGGCGACCCUGAGCUCGACCAAGCCGAUGUCAUUGACGUCUGCUUCCCACACUCGAUUCGUAGCCGUCAGGGCUACUUCAUCCUCGACAACGUGAGCGGGAGCACUAGCGCCUACUACAACCCGCUAAUGCAGGCGCUGUAUUUGGACAUCCAUUACAUCUCUCUUCAUUUCUACACUCUCUCCUCCGAAGAUGGCCAGGCGCCGCCCCGUGUGGUCUGUGUCAUUCAGGUCCUCGGAGGGUGGGCACGUGCCGCCGUCUUCUCAUCUGACACCAAGGAGUGGCAAUUUUUUCCGGAGAAUAUGCUGACAAUAAUCGAUGCUGACAUGGCCGGUAGGGUGAUGCGAGGGCUCAUCUGGUGGCCAAACUGUUGCCUGGAAAAAACUGUGGUGCUCAACACCGCGACCUUCCAGUUCUCUCUAAUCGACGUGCCGAGUCCUUCGAUCAGAGAAGAAGAGUCGUCAUAUAAGCUUGGUGAGACUAAGGAUGGGAAGCCCUGCCUGGUAGAUGUAGAGGGUGACAAACUUGUUUCUUAUUUCCUGACAGCCGACGACGAUAGUGUCAUCAAGAGGUGGAUGUUGUACAAGGAGUUCCCGUUGGUCCCGAUUGUUAAGAAUCUCACUGGAUUCUCAAAAGAUGAAGAGCUCCGUCAUGUCUGGCCGAAGGUUGUGACGGUCAUCGAUGGCUUUGUAUAUCUGUCUAUUUUCUACUACAAGGACACACAAUCUUCUGAGUUGUAUCUAUCCUUGUGCCUGAAAACAUCGGAGAUAUGCAAGCUCUUUAAAGGUGCAUAUUGCUACAAUUUGCAGAGCCAUCCCUACGUCAUGGCAUGGCCUCCCUCUUUGUUACAAAGCAAGGAGGAAUCAGAAACUGAAUUCACUGAAGACAGUGUUGCAGACGAUGGUCAUGUUGGCACAGAGAAAGCUUCCUCUGUGCUUGUCGCGGCACUGGAGUCUCUCAGCCAAGCUCUGAUGGAUGACGGUUGUAUUACUAAAGAAAUAGUUGCGGCGGUACAUGCCAGCUUGCACCCCAGCGCGGAUCAAGAUGGCAUCACUAAAAAUGUGAUGGCGACGUUAGAUGCCGUCUUGCGUCCCAACGAAGACGGUGAUGGUCUGCUGAGCAAGAUCACUAGUUUUGAUGCACAGUUGAUAACUGGAAGAGACCGUAUCUUGAGGAGAAGUGUAUGA